UCCUCAAACAGGUUUAUUGUUUUGAUUUAGUAAAUUGCUUUUUUCACGUGAAUUUUAGUGAUUGGUUCGACGGAAAAACAUUUUUUGAAAAACAGCAGCACUCUUGAGGAUUUACUCAAACCCGUGCAGACAAUGGAAAUAAUGACCGUGUCGGCGAAAAAACGGCGCUGUUGACAAAGAUGCUUUCUCCGAGAUAAGCUAAUGUUAGCUGUGUGGCUAACGCAGCUACGUAUCUUUGGUAACAACAUGACGGUGAUGAGGAGCUGCGGUGUGUAGGAGCGACUGACCACACACCGGAUCGCGCCGAUUUCCUUUACAUUGUCAAUCACUGAUUCAAAGGAUUGCUUCGCCUGAGUCCCCGGAUAGACGUAAAACUGUUUUCCCAAUCAAACGAACCACAGGGGGUACCUUCAACCAGCUGGUUGUCUUUGAAGAGCGUUGGAUAUCUACACUGCUUGCUUUUCAAUGGGUGAGGAAAAACCGGACACGCUGGACUUUGUGAAGGAUUUCCAGGAGUAUCUGAGCCAGCAGACUCAACAUGUCAACAUGAUAUCAGGCUCAGUCAGCGGCGUCAAAGAGGCGGACGAGCUGCCAGCCGACUGCAGUCAGAAUGGGCUGGAUCACCCUGCAGUGGAUAUGUCACUGGAGGACAGCUCAGGGAUCCUGGUGGAUGGCUUUGAGAGGACCUAUGAUGGCAAGCUCAAGUGCCGCUACUGCAACUAUGCCACCAGAGGCACAGCCCGACUCAUUGAGCAUAUCCGAAUUCACACAGGAGAGAAACCUCACCGCUGCCACCUCUGCCCAUUUGCUUCCGCCUAUGAACGCCACCUCGAGGCCCACAUGAGAUCACACACAGGCGAGAAGCCUUACAAGUGCGAGCUGUGCUCCUUCCGCUGCAGUGACCGUAGCAACCUGUCACACCAUCGCCGCCGACGCCACAAACUUCUGCCGAUGAAAGGUGCUCGCUCACUUUCCCAUAAGAAGAUGCUGAGUGUCUUGCAGAAGAAGGCCAGCUCACUGGGCUAUGGCCGCAGAGUCCUCAUCAACUUCAGCCCCCCUUCUAUGGUGGUACACAAGGCUGACAAUGUGAAUGACUACUCCCAUGAGCUACCCCAUUUACGUCAGGAGACCUAUGAUAAUCCGAGUCAGGCAGGCGAGGACGGGAUCUCAACAAAUCCAAAUCACCAUCACCAUGAUUUGAUCAUGGAUAACCCCCUGAACCAGCUGUCCACUCUGGCAGGCCAGUUGGCCAGCCUCCCUUCAGAGUCCCAGGCUCAGACUCAACCUCCCAUGUCUCCUGGAGCAGAGUCUAUUGUUGAUGAGAAGCCUUUUCUCAUCCAGCAACCCCACCUCGCCACAGCUCCUGUGGCAGUCACAGCCAGCAUGGCCCAUGCCUCCUCCUCUUCCCCAGUCACCCCAGAGCCCCGAGCUCCUCCACACAGCAACUGCAGCCCUGGAAGGGGACCUUGCAGCGAGCACAGCGGGCGUACCAGUACCCCUAGUAUCUCCAACAGCCAACCCAGUACACCAGCCCCAGGCCUGUCUGCCCCAAUCCAGGACCCCCACAUGCUGCAUCACUGCCAGCACUGUGACAUCUACUUCCCUGACAACAUCCUCUACACCAUCCACAUGGGCUGCCAUGGUUACGAGAACCCAUUCCAGUGCAACAUCUGCGGCCACAAGUGCAAGAGCAAGUACGACUUUGCCUGCCACUUUGCCCGCGGGCAGCACAAGUAAGGCAGAUGAAUGAGGAAAAGAACUUUGAACGGACAGCUUUGUUUUAUUAAUUCCAUAGUAAUUUUAUUUAUUGGUCUUUUACUUGGCCUUGAUGUAGCCUAGCCUUUUGAAAGUUGUACUUAUACAGGAAAAUGUCAACAUUCAGAUGGUUUCAUUUUGUAUAAUUAAUGGUGCCCAUUCAAGUGUAUUAUAAAGGGAUGAUCAGUGUUUUCCACAGGUUGAGAAUUUACUUUUGGUGGUGGAGGGAGUCACUUUCAUUUGCUAACAGAAAAACACCUCCCAAACAUGGAAAUUAGCAGGACUAAUAUUUGUAGACUCAGUUAAUGUAGUACUCAGUCUGCUUUAUCCUUUAGUUUUUACAAAUCCAUUCCUUCAGGAAUGCAAUGCUG